GCCCGCCCGCAGGGCAAGGACACGCAGCCGACAGGCCCGGGUCCCACCACGACCAUGGGGCCGAAGAAGGGUCCAGGGGCCCCCAGGCCCAGCGGCGACGAGGCCCCGACGUGCUGCGGCUGCAGAUUCCCGCUGCUGCUCGCGCUGCUGCAGCUGGCCCUGGGCAUCGCCGUCACCGUGGUGGGCUUCCUCAUGGCCAGCAUCAGCCCGUCCCUGCUGGUCAGGGACACCCCAUACUGGGCUGGGAUCAUUGUCUGCUUGGUCGCCUAUCUCGGCUUGUUUAUGCUCUGUGUCUCCUACCAGGUGGAUGAGCGAACAUGUCUCCAGUUUGCUAUGAAAGUGCUAUACUUCUUGUUGAGUGCUCUGGGUCUGAUGGUGUGUGUGCUGGCUGCCGCCUUCGCCACUCACCACUUGGUGCAGCUCACACAACUAUCCUGUGAACCCAUGCUGGACGCCUGCCAGUGCAAGUUGCCAUCCUCAGAGGCCCUCAGCAGGAGCUUCGUGUACCGUGAUGUUAGCGACUGCACCAGUAUCACCAGCACACUCAAGUUCUUCUUCCUGGCCCAGAUGGUUCUGAACUUGCUGUGUGGCCUCGUGUGUUUGCUGGCCUGCUUUGUGAUGUGGAAACAUCGGUACCAGGUCUUCUACGUGGGUGUCAAGAUGUGUCCCCAAACAGCUUCUGAAGGCCAGCAGCAAAAAGUGUGAUCAUGUUCUUGCUUGGGGGUGGGAGAGCAAAUAGGGAAGGAAGGAAGGAAGGAAGGAAGGAAGGAAGGAAGGAAGGAAGGAAGGAAGGAAGGAAGGAAGGA